GGCUAAAACAUAAUUGUCUUUUUAACUUUAAAAACUUUUGACGAGUACACAGAAGAUUCGACUUGCUUUUCAAACUCUAUAGUCUAUAAGAUUCCGAACAAAUCACACAAAAAAGGCUAGCAAAAUUCAAAGGUCUCGAAGUCUUUGGUCUCAGAUUUUGUCAAAUACCAAACAACAUUUUAUUUUAUUCAGUCAAUUUGUUUGUUUCUUUUUUGUUAGCCUUAAUUGCUUCUUUAUUUGUUGUAUUUUAUUGUUUCACUCCACGCAAACAGACAAAACCGCUUUAUUUGGCAAUGUGCUCUGCUUCCUCUCAGAAUGCCUCUGAGUUCGUGUCUGUAAACAGAUCUCAAAAAACCCUUCACUUUUCUCUCUCUAGAUUCGCACUCUUUCUCUCUCUCUCUCUCUAAAAGUUAAAAAAGACACAACUCACUAAAGAACCUCACUCCCUCGCUCUCGAAGACAGCGUUUUUCUUGCUUUCUUACCCAUCUGACCAAAAAAGAAAAAACUAUCGCUUUCUCCAGAGAGACUCUCUCAGUUUCUUCAUGUGAAUGUUUGGUUAUAGGAAAAGUAGAGAGACAUCCGUGACUUCUUUCGGAAACGGUGUCGUUCUCUUAUUCCCUACUUUUCACUGUUCAUUACCAAAUUCGGAAAGAUCAAAGAUUUUUUCAGACAAGAAAAAUGAGAUACAGUUCGGUUCGGUUCUUCUUCUGUCAAAGAAAACAGAACAGUCCUUCUUCUGAUCAAUGACAACUACUACUAAGGUUGAGCAUCUUCGUAACCAUAUUCAUUUAACCAACUGUAUCCACUUGAAGAAUCAUAUGCACAACAACAACAACAACAACAACAACAACAAACAGAGUUCGGUUUUAACAGACCGGUCUCUUCUCAUGAGAGACCUCGUCCUUCUUCAGAGGUCAAGAUCACUCAGAGACCCAUCAGCGAGCCCGAGGAUGAAAGAAGAUAACAAGGAAGGAAAAAGAAGAUCUACUGAUAAGAAUGUGGUUAGUAAACCUGGUCUUAGGUUGUGUAGUUCGUCUCCAAUAGUGAGUUUUGGUGGUGGUGGUGGUACAUCUAAAGUGACUCCUUCUGAUGAAAAGCUUGAUGGGUCGAGUAGGAAGAAGAGUUAUCGAGUCGAAGAUGUUAACGAAGUUCUUAGUGUUGCUUCGGUUAAUUCUAAUGAUAUCAAGACUCUGUCUGAUCAAUUAUUAGGUGAUAGUGAUGGUUUGGUUUCUUGUACGGUUAGAAACGGGCGUAAUAGGCGGAAACUUAGAGGGAAGAGAAGGGCGGUUACUAUUAGAGACAAUGUUCAGAAGUACGAGGAAGAAGAAGGACAUGGUUGUGGACUUCCGUUUAACUGGUCUAGGAUUCAUCACAGAGGCAAGACUAUUCUUGAUAUAGCUGGAAAGAGUUUAUCUUGUGGAAUGUCAGAUUCAAAAGGAAGGAAAGGGUUAAACGAUACGCCAAUCUCCUCUUUGCCUCUUUUAGUAGAUAGCGAAGGGUGGCAGCAUGAUUACUCAGGAGAAUUAGGUAUAUUCGCUGACGAUCUGCUCAACAAUGGAAAAGAUUCAGACUUCAGUGAAAAUAGCAGCCGUAGAAACUCUCGUCUCCAUCAGAGUUUUACUCAGAAGUAUGGACCAAGAACUUUUAGUGAUCUCGUGGGGCAGAGUUUAGUAGUACAAGCUUUGUCUAACGCUGUAGCUAAACGAAGAGUGGGACUUCUAUACGUGUUCCACGGUCCGAACGGAACAGGGAAGACCUCAUGUGCUCGAGUUUUCGCUAGAGCGUUGAAUUGUCAUUCUGUUGAACAGUCAAAGCCCUGCGGUGUAUGCAGCUCGUGUGUUUCGUAUGAUAACGGUAAGAGCAAGAAUAUUCGAGAGAUGGGUCCUGUGAAAAGUUUCGACUUCGAGAGUCUGUUCAUAAAGAAAAGGCAGAAGCACCACCUUGUGUUCAUAUUCGAUGAUUGCGAUACUAUGUCGACUGAUUGUUGGAAUGCGCUUUCGAAAGUCGUGGACCGUGCACCUCGUCGUGUGGUUUUUGUUCUUGUCUGCUCGAGUCUUGAUCUUUUGCCUCACGUUGUCGUGUCGAGGUGUCAGAAGUUCUUUUUCCCUAAGCUUAAAGACGCUGAUAUCGUCGGUUCUUUGCAAGGGAUUACGUUGAAGGAAGAGAUUGAGAUUGAUGAAGAUGCGUUGAAGCUUGUUGCUUCGAGAUCAGAUGGUUCUUUGAGAGAUGCUGAGAUGACUCUAGAACAGCUGAGUUUGCUUGGGACGAGGAUCUCUCUUCCUUUAGUUCAAGAAAUGGUUGGUUUAAUCUCUGAUGAGAAGUUGGUAGAUCUUCUGGAUCUAGCUUUAUCCGCGGAUACUGUGAACACAGUGAAGAAUCUGAGAGUAAUAAUGGAAACUGGAGUAGAACCGUUAGCUUUAAUGUCGCAGCUCGCAACAGUCAUAACCGAUGUCCUUGCCGGAAGCUAUGACUUUACUAAAGAAGAGUGUAAAAGAAAGUUUUUCAGACGACAACCAUUGAGUAAAGAAGAUAUGGAGAAGCUGAGACAAGCUUUGAAAACGUUGUCUGAAUCAGAAAAACAGUUGAGAGUAUCUAAUGAUAAAGUAACUUGGCUCACUGCUGCAUUGCUCCAGCUAGCUCCUGAUCAACGCUACUUGGUUCCGCCUAGUCCUUGUAACAACGCUGCACCUAGACCUUCGGUUGAAGAUAUUUGGUUAGCGGUGAUUGAGAAUGUUCGAGUUAAUGGUUUAAGAGAGUUUCUUUAUAGAGAAGGGAAGAUCUUUUCUAUUAGUAUCGGUUCAGCUCCUACGGUGGAGUUAAUGUUCAACUCGCCUGUAACGAAAUUAACGGCUGAGAAUUUUAGAGAUCAUAUUCUGAGAGCGUUUGAGGCUGUUCUUGGUUCUCCUGUCACUCUAGCGAUAAGAAUAGAAUCAAAGAAAGACCUGAAAAACGUUGGUUCGUCGUCGUUAAGAAGCGAGAUCGUUGAAUUGGAGGAUGAGACUGAAUCUGAUAGAAGGAAAGACUUGGAAGCGAGCCAGAAACAGAGCAUUGUGAGAGGAAAAGCGUCGUUGGGUCAGGUGAUAAAGCAAGCUGAAGGAAACAGUUGGUCGAAACGCAAAGCGAUGCUGAUUGCAGAUAAGCUUGAACAUGAGAAUCUGAGACUUGAAUCCAGUUCAAGAAGCUUGAUAUGUUGGAAAUCGUCGAGAAGCGUACGUCGCAAGGUAUCGAGAUUGAAGAAGGUGAGGAGAAGAAGAGUACGACUACAUUCGUUGUUGAAGAUUGUCAUGUGUGGGAAAAGUUUAUCAACGGCAUCCCCUUCUAGGUUUUAAGAUGGGUUUUUUUCUAGUACUAGUAUGAAGAUAAGCUGUUCGUCCUUCGUUUUUCUUAUCUUCUUUAGGCAGAUAUUUAAUGUAAUUUUUUGUAUUUUUUCUUGUUUUGGGUAAGUAAUCUUUGUAGCUGUAUUUUUUUAAAAAAGUAUUUUCUUUCCACAACUAUAAGCAACGAUUCGGAUGUGAAUCAUAGUGGAUGGUGAUUUCGGAUAUGGCGCACCACUUUUUAUGACGAUGGUAAUGAUUUUUAUGAUUAUGUAUAUGAUCAAUAAGUUAUCCAACAAAA